AGCCAAUCGCGAGGCGGCGGGCGACCCGGCGGCUCCCUGCGCGGCGCACGGCGGGCGCGGAGCGGGCGGCGGUGACAGGCGGCGCGAGCUGCAACCCUCCCCGCGCGGCGCGCCGCUGCACCAUGGAGCCCGCCGUGUCUCUGGCCGUGUGCGCGCUGCUCUUCCUGCUGUGGGUGCGCGUGAAGGGGCUGGAGUUCGUGCUCAUCCACCAGCGCUGGGUGUUCGUGUGCCUCUUCUUACUGCCGCUGUCGCUCAUCUUCGACAUUUACUACUACGUGCGCGCCUGGGUGGUGUUCAAGCUCAGCAGCGCGCCGCGCCUGCACGAGCAGCGCGUGCGGGACAUCCAGAAGCAGGUGCGGGAAUGGAAGGAGCAGGGCAGCAAGACCUUCAUGUGCACAGGCCGCCCCGGCUGGCUCACUGUCUCGCUGCGGGUUGGGAAGUACAAGAAGACGCACAAAAACAUCAUGAUCAACCUGAUGGACAUCCUGGAGGUGGACACCAAGAAACAGAUUGUCCGUGUGGAGCCCUUGGUGACCAUGGGCCAGGUGACUGCCCUGCUGAACUCCAUUGGCUGGACUUUGCCCGUGCUGCCCGAGCUCGAUGACCUCACAGUGGGGGGCUUGAUCAUGGGCACAGGCAUCGAGUCCUCGUCCCACAAGUACGGCCUGUUCCAGCACAUCUGCACUGCCUACGAGCUGGUCCUUGCUGACGGCAGCUUUGUGCGGUGCACACCGUCAGAAAACUCCGACCUGUUCUAUGCCGUGCCCUGGUCCUGCGGGACCCUGGGCUUCCUGGUGGCUGCCGAGAUCCGCAUUAUCCCUGCCAAGAAGUAUGUCAAGCUUCGAUUCCAGGCCGUGCGGGGCCUGGAAGCCAUCUGUGAGAAGUUCACGCGCGAGUCCCAGCGGCCGGAGAAUCACUUCGUGGAAGGGCUGCUCUACUCCCUGGAUGAGGCCGUCAUCAUGACAGGGGUCAUGACUGACGAAGCAGAGCCCAGCAAGCUGAAUAGCAUCGGCAAUUACUACAAGCCGUGGUUCUUCAAACACGUGGAGAACUACCUGAAGACAAACAAAGAGGGCCUGGAGUACAUCCCCUUGAGGCACUACUACCACCGCCACACGCGCAGCAUCUUCUGGGAGCUCCAGGAUAUCAUCCCCUUUGGCAACAACCCCGUCUUCCGCUACCUCUUUGGUUGGAUGGUGCCGCCCAAGAUCUCCCUCCUGAAGCUGACCCAGGGCGAGACCCUGCGCAAGCUGUACGAGCAGCACCACGUGGUGCAGGACAUGCUGGUGCCCAUGAAGUGCCUGCCACAGGCGCUGCACACCUUCCACAAUGACAUCCACGUCUACCCCAUCUGGCUGUGCCCAUUCAUCCUGCCCAGCCAGCCGGGCAUGGUGCACCCCAAGGGGGACGAGACCGAGCUCUAUGUCGACAUCGGUGCAUACGGGGAACCACGCGUGAAACACUUUGAUGCGAGUUCCUGCAUGAGACAGCUGGAGAAGUUUGUCCGGAGUGUGCAUGGGUUCCAGAUGCUCUAUGCUGACUGCUACAUGAACCGGGAGGAGUUCUGGGAGAUGUUUGAUGGCUCCUUGUACCACAAGCUGCGGAAGCAGCUCAACUGCGAGGGUGCCUUCCCCGAGGUCUACGACAAGAUCUGCAAGGCCGCGAGGCACUGAGCCAGGCCGCCUGUGUGGACACGGACACGUCUUCCUGCUGCCCUGGCUCAGCUGCUUUCCCGGAUCCACAGUUUCACAAAGAAACCCCUCCAGAAAUCCCACCCGGACAGCCCCUCGGGGGGCGGCCCAGGCAGGUGGAAAGAAUGUGGGAUGGGUAGCCAGACAAACCCGAGCCUGGUCCCGGUGUAGCUGCUCUUUAGCUCUGUGACUCUGGCUGUCACCUGCCCCCUCUGAGCCCCAGCCUGCAUCUGGAAAGGGGUCAUAAUACCUACCUGCAGGUGGCCACCACCAAGCCACGCACUGCCCCACUGACGGCGCUGCAUGCACAGUAGCUAUGAUUACUGCUUCCCGUCAGCAUCGCCUCUUGACUCAAGUGCUUUGGCUUCAGCUGUUGAGUCAAGCCAGGCUCCCCGUUAGGUCACCUGUGCCCAGGUUUGGCUGGAAUGAUGAAGGCAUGCCCCAAAGGUGCAUCGCCCUUGCCUGAGUCAGCCAGAAAGCCCCCUGUGGGGAGCAGGAGGGCGACACCCGGGGCAGGCAGGCCCAGAUGUGCUGUGCCAAAGCCAGGUCUGAUUCCAAAGUUCUCUGCCCCUUCCUCUGCUCUCGGGCCUGCUGGCCCUCCCAGCCGCCGCUGAGCCGCUCAGACACCCUUGGAGGACGUCUCAAAGUUGAAUCCUGGCCCAGCCUUGGCCCAGGGUGCCCAGGUGGAGAGCAGGUCCCAGCUCUGAAUUGGAGCCAGAGCCCCUGGGGUCCUCCUCCAGGCUGCUGCUUGUCCCCAGAACCGUCAGGGGCAGGGCGGGGGCGGGGUGGGGCCUGCAGCCAUGGGAAGUGGAGUCUGCCACCCUCGUGUUUCUGUGAGGAUUUCACGGUGGGGCUGGAAGAAAGCGUGGCAGCGUGGGUUCUCCCAUCACUCAUCCCCUUGUUUUCUUUCUCCCUCACCGCCCGCUGUAGUUAAUUUCAGUGCCUUACAAAUCCUAAGCUCAGAGAAAAGUUCACUCCAAUUCCGUUCCAGAGGGAAGGGAGCCUCCCUGGGCCCUUCCUCCUCCCCGUGUUAGCGAAGCUUGGUUGUUUAUGCAGCUCCAUCCUAAGAACUGCCCAGCCGCAGCUCAAAGUCCCGAAUCUGAGGAGGCAUCAUGUCCCUGAAGGGCAGCUGGAACCCAGGGAGCAGCUUCCUUCUCUGUCCCUUGGGCACAGAUCACACCUCCCCGGGGCCUCUGGCCGGCUCGGACGCCAUGGCUUCAGACCCCAUGGCAAGCCUCGUGCUGCGAGUCCGGGGAAGCACGGAUGGCCAGGUGGACGCUUGGGGGUGUCCCUCCCUUGAGGUCCUUUCUGCAGCCAGCUCCCCUCUCAUUUUCAGGAAGGACCCAGCCUCGCCCAUUUGGCCUCUAGUUAGCAAAGCACGUGAAAUGCGUCGGUAGCUCUCACCUCAGUGCUCAGCGUAAUGACUCUGCCGCUGCAGAUGAAUGGCUAGCACCAGUAGGUAGGUGAACCCAACACUUGGCCAGCGGAGCCACCAGGGCCGCCGCCAGAGAUGCUGGCAGGUUCUGUUGUCCUUAGUCCUGUCACCAAGCUCCAGCGCCUCACCGGUCUUCCCCGGGACCUGGGCUUGGAAGGAAAGGCAUCUGGGAAUCGCAGCAGCCUCGUGUUGCUCCAGUUACGCCUCGCCUGGCGAGAGGCAGUUUUGCAGGCGUGGGGAGCUCAGCUCUGGCCUCUUGUAGCCAGGCCCGGGGUGGGGUGGCUUCGGGUGGAGUUAGGCGUAGUGCCAGGGAGCCGUGCACGAGGAAAGCAACAGAGAAGGCCUCUCCCUCCAGAGCCCUGCGUUUCCUGGCUGCAAGGAAACCCUGUAAAAUCAAGACUGUAGCCAGUUUUUUUGGCUGGAAGCUUGCAUAAUUGGCUGUUUCGGGAAGGGAAGGGUGGGGUGGGUGUGGCAGUGUGUGGUGUGUGAUUUUUGUAUUUUCUUUGGUCAGGGGGACCAAGGAGAAAGGCAUGAGUCUUCCCCCAUCGGGCUCUCACAGCUGCAGGCUUUGCGACUUCUCUAGCAUCCAGGCCUCUGGCUGUGGGGCUGCUGCUUCUGUACAAAUAAAAGUGUGACCUGGAA